ACAGGCCGUAAAACGGCAUUAGGCCAAUUAUGUUUUUCUUUUUUUCUGCAUUCUCAAUUUCUUGAACGUUACGCAGGGCAGAAAGAACAGCUAAAAUCAACAUUCAAUGCAAAACAGGUUGAUGUGUUGACCAAAAUUCCAUAUGGUCUCGCUUCGGGGUUGAUGUCUUUAUGGUUUGAUUACUAAGGAAGCAUUUGAACUGGAGGUCCACGAGAGAUAAAAGGCAAACAAGCAAAUAUGUCUGAAGAAUUGAAGAGAAGAAUUGUCGAGCUCGAAAAAGAAUUGGAGGCGAUAAAAAAGGAAUCAUGUGAAGAACGACGGGGCCGAGAGAAAAUUGAGCAGAUGUCUAGUGAAGUUGUGGAUGCAAACCCAUAUAGGUGAAGUAUUGUUAUUUUAUUUAUUUUCCUACAAGUCUAAAAACAAAGUGUGAAAGUAACUGAUCAAGUUAAAAGAGUGGUUGGGCUUCGUAUAAAUAUUCUUUUACAAGGAAUUUAUAUAUAUGAAACAACUUUGACUUUGUCGUUUGAUGGCACUGAAGAGGAUGGGAAUUGUGGACAACUAUGAACAGAUCAGAGAGUUCGCCGUAGCAGUUGUGGGAGUGGGAGGAGUUGGAUCAGUGGCUGCCGAGAUGUUAACUCGAUGUGGAAUCGGUAAGCUGCUGCUGUUUGACUACGACAAGGUCGAGCUGGCCAACAUGAACCGGCUGUUCUACCAGCCGCACCAGGCCGGCCUGAGCAAGGUGGAGGCGGCCGCCCGCACCCUGGUCUCCAUCAAUCCCGACGUCACCAUAGAGUGCCACAAUUACAACAUCACCACAGUGGACAACUUUGACCACUUCAUGGGCAGGAUCAGAUCCGGCAGUCUAACAGACGGCCCAGUGGACCUGGUGCUCAGCUGUGUGGACAACUUUGAGGCGCGCAUGGCCAUCAACACGGCCUGCAACGAGCUGGGCCAGACCUGGUUCGAGUCGGGCGUCGCCGAAAACGCCGUCUCCGGUCAUAUCCAGCUGGUGAUACCCGGCGAGCUGGCCUGUUUCGCCUGCGCCCCGCCGCUGAUCGUCGCCUCCGGUAUCGACGAGAAGACGCUGAAGCGAGACGGCGUGUGCGCUGCCUCGCUUCCCACCACCAUGGGCGUCGUGUCCGGGCUUCUCGUCCAGAACACGCUCAAGUACCUACUGAAGUUCGGCAACGUCACCCACUAUCUGGGCUACUCGUCAUUGCAGGACUUCUUCCCCACGAUGAGCAUGAAGCCGAACCCGAGCUGUGACGACUCGUAUUGCAGACAACGGCAGAAGGAGUAUCAGGAACGAGAGGCUGCCAAACCCAAAGAGGAGGUGGUGGAAGAAGAAAAGAAGGAAGUGGUGCACGAGGAUAACGAAUGGGGCAUCAGUCUGGUGGACGAGACGGCACCGGAGGAGCCAGAGAAGGAGCUGGUACAGGGUGUGCGACUGGCCUACAGCCGCGACGAGCCGGCGCCGCCCCCUCCGACGGUGGACGCGCCGGCGGCGGCGGACACCUCGGACCAGACCAGCCUGGACGACCUGCGCGCUCAGAUGAUGGCGCUCUGAGGGCGUAAGACGGUGAGAGAGCGGUGAGAGGGAUGGGGGAGGGAGGAGUGGAGAGAGUGAGUGGCGAGCGAGAGCAACCACGGCGGAGAGGCGUGUGACGGAUUGUGUUGCAGCCUCCGUUCCAAGGGACAAGAGGGUAUGAGGAGAGAAAGCGAGUGGGAGUGAAUCUUCUGAGCUGAUAUGAUCUGUUCGAGCCGGGUCAGAUUCAGAUUGCGAGUUAUAAUUUCCCGAGAGGAGUUCAUAGAAUAUGACAGAAAUAUGUUGUUAUGCCGGUCUCUGGUAUUCAUUACUUAUAUUGAAGGAAGACGUCUGUUGGCCCACUGCCAUGCGAGAAUAACAUUCCUGAGAAAUGAGUAUCGUUUCGUUCCCCGUAAUUGUAAGCACUAGUGUGAUGACGUGAUGCAGAGUUCGUAACACCAAACAAUGACUAUCUAGUUAAAAGGAGGCUGCUCGCAAGGGCCUAAAACAGCUGCUCGAACCCUGCGUCCAGCACCAAGGAAUCGUUAGCUCUAAUCAUUGAACAUCCCAGCCUGACAGACCUGCGUGGCUGCGCCGCUUUACGGAGACCUGAUUCUAGACCGACAGCGAAAGCGAACGAUGUGACACGAUUGUGGUGUGUUGACCACGCCAGAGUAUGUGAGUCGAUACGACCGUGAAGCCCGAUGUGAACGGUCAUCAUUUUAGACGGAGGAAGAGCUGCUGGAGCUACCGAGCUCCGCUUAUGUUGGGCGAUAUUGAUGUUGAGCUAUUUAUUUUUGACAAGCGGUGGUGUUUUUAAAUAUUGGUGGUUGGUAAAUACAACAUAAACCGAUCUA